AUGGCUCCGACCGCCCAGCCGACGGUGCCCAAACAAGUGGCCAUCGCAGGUGACACCAGCGCAGACAUGGAGGUCAAGGCCCACACUGCCACCCCGCGGAGCGCGCAGCUUCGCGACAUCGGCGACAAGAUAGAUGACCUGGCGAAGACAUUAAAGAAGGAUCGCCCUGAGCGGCAGGCAGUGAAGGAAUCAUCCGCAGAGGCGAUUGGGCACCUCAAUGCCAGAGUCGACGGCCUCGCCGACAGGAUCCAAGAGGUGGAGUCCGCCAACACAAGGACCAGGAGCUUUGAGAUUGAGGCUUUGCCUCCGGUCGGCCAGGUGCAGCUGGUCAACGCGAAGGCAGACAUGCAGCAGGCUAUCCUCACGGCAGCACUCGGGGCUCGAGCGCAGAUACAGGGAAAAGUCGAUGCCUCCGACCAUAUGAGGGCAGAGCUGCUUCAUGGGUUGAACGUCUCCUUGGAAAGCGCAAUGGCGCAGGAGCAAAGCACCCUCCAAAGGUCGGAGGCAAAUGUGGCCGAGACGGCGAGAAAGGCAGUCGACGGGACCCUCACAAGCGUCCUGAAAGCUUCAAUGGACAAGGUUCUAGGUGUUGGUCUUGCUGCCGCAUCACUGACCUCGGAGGCAGAAACCCUGCAAGGCAACGCCACGGCCCUCCUGGACCAGGUGGAGGCGGAGGCCUCUUCGGGUGAGGACGCCGUGCAACGUUUGCCCAGCUCCGCCCUGGUGGAGCAGAGGAUUCGCCAAGUCGAAGGUGAGGUCCAAGAGAUGCGCCAGGAGGCAGCGGCGGCCGAGGGAGGGGCCGGUGCCGCACUCGAAGAAAUGGAGAAAGCGCUGGAGGUCGUGCAUCGCUCAGCCACGAAGGCCGAGAAGGCCAAAGCACUCCGGGGCCGGGCAGCGGAGCAGGCAGCCAAGAAUGCCGCUGAGAUCCGAAGGAUCCGGCUGCAGCUUACGGGAGGAGUCAGGACCAAGGGCCUCUACAGAUGGGCCACAGACCAGCGUUGCGUGCGCGCGGCUGCGCUCGACAAGGCCCCGGCUGCGAUGUCCGCAAGGCCCCGACGAACGGCGGUGAAAAGCGCCGCCGCUCCGCGGCCCGGUCCUGAGAUCUCAGAGCCGAAGCCGAGCGCAGACGAGCCGCAGCCGCGUCGUUCCUCGGCCUCGGCGAGAGAGGCGCGAGAGGACGUGCCGGACCUGGAGAAGCUCCUCGAGGAGUUGGACCAGAGCUCUGGUCCGGAGUCCGUGCACGUGCAGAGCGUGCAGAGCAAGGAGAGCAAGGACAUGGAGCUCCCUUCAGAGCCAGCCAGCAAAGACUCGAGUCGGCGCGGGACAGACUCGAAGCCCUACAGGCCCCUCGAUUUCCAGAGCUUGGCCGAGGGCUGCCCAGAUCUGCGGCAGCGCUGUAAGGAGGCUUUUGAGAGCGUCGUGAAAGAGUCCCUCCAUGAGGAUGCUCCCAAGCCAUGCAGGGAGAAACCCAAGCCCAGGAAGCUCCCGUCGCGAACUCCAAAGUCAGAGCAUUGGAACUUCAGUUUCAAUGUGAACCGUGAGGUGGUCGGCGCAGAGCUCCUGGAGCUCGAUGAAGAGGGCCUCCCACAGCCUCCCACGCAGGACCUUCGCCAGCUGCCACGAUCCAAGAGCCGCAAGGCAGAGGCCCUGCCAGGCUUGCCGGGCCUCCGGCCGCCCAACUUCAGGCCAGAGCCGGGCUUGGCCAGGUUCCGUGCCAUCCCGUGUCAAGAGAACGAGUGGAUCGAAGGCCUCAAGAAGAUGGCAGAAGCGCAGAGGAGUCACGUUGGUCGGGCUCCUUCCGCGAUGGGCUGCGGCAGUUCCAGGGAAGUCACCGACGAAGAACGUUUGGCUUUUCUGGGGAAGGUGGAGCUCUUCAAGCGGCUGCCACGGGACGAACUGCCGGCGCUGGCACGAUCUGCGGAGGAGGUGUUGUUUGCCAAAGACGACGUCAUCAUCAAGCAGGGUGCUGAAGGAGAUGAGUUCUUCAUCUUGAAGAGGGGUACAGCAGGUGUGGAGGUCAAUGGUCAUCGGAUCGCGACGCUCAAGGCAGGAGACUAUUUCGGAGAGAAUGCUCUGCUACGCGACACCCCGUCAAUCUCAGCAUUGCUCGAGGCAGCCAGCGAGAUCAAGGCUUUGAGAAUCACUCGGGAGGCCUUUGUCAAGCUGGAGCUCCACACAAAGCUGGAGUUUGGAAAGAGAGGUGCUGUUGGUGGAGGCAAAAUGGCGAACGCUGAAAACAAGGCGGCUGACCACAAGACUGACGGUGAGAAGCAGCUGAUCGCUCAGGCCUUGAAGAACAACGCGAACCUGAACAUGAUCGCCAGCCUCGAUGACGAGAAGAUUCGGGCCAUGGUGAAGGUCAUGUGGAAGGAGGAGGUGCCCAAAGGAACCGCCCUCAUUCAGCAAGGCGACCUCCAGGCCGACUACUUCUACGUCGUCCAGUCGGGCAGUUUCCAGGUUUCCAAGACCGACAGUGCUGCCAGUGCCGAGAAGGUGGUUUCUUCCGCCUUGGGAACGAUCGAGGCCGGCGGCAGCUUCGGGGAGCUGGCCUUGUUGUACUUCGCGCCCCGGGCGGCCACGUUGACGGCCACGGCGAACGCCGUCGUUUGGGUCACCGCACGUCAGCAAUUCAAAGAGCUCCUCAUGAAGGCCAACGAGACAGAGAUUCAGGAGAACCUCAAGCAUGUCAGCCGCUGCGACUGCUUUUCUCCACUCAAGGACACCGAGAAGAAGGAGCUAGCAGCUGCCAUGAACGAGAUGACCUUCAGCAAGGAGGAGCUGGUCUUCGAGCAGGGUGAGCGUGGCACGCAGUUCUUCCUUCUUGUAGAGGGUGAGGUGAGCGUGGUGAAGGACGGCAAGGAGGUCACCAAGAUCAAGGCCACCCCAGAAAAGGCGCCAUACUUCGGUGAGAAGGCGCUGCUGGAGGAUGAGCCACGAGCAGCGACCAUCAAAGUCCUCUCCAACGUGGCCAAGGGGGAGGCGCCCGCGGCGCCCGGGAUGCCUUCGAGGCGGCCAACCUCCCCGAGCCUCACCUUGAGAAGCGUCUCCCUGCUCACCGGGGCGUUGCGGACGCCCGCCGUCGCAUCGCCUCGCGCUGUCCGCUUCAGCGCGGCCCAGGAGAGCGAGAACGUGCCCAGUUUCCUUGCCUGCCGCUCUGAGCUGGGGCAAGAGCUGGAAGCACUUCUGCGAAGAGAGGUCCUUGAGGCUGAGCACUUCCCGGUUGGCGACUAUGUCGUGAUCUCCUUGGCGAAGGUGAUGGUCGGCCCCUCCAAGGAGUUGAGCCCUCCGCCCUUCUUGAAGGAACUGGCGAAAGGUGAGACCGUGGAGGUGCUGGAAGUUCAAGCCCUUCCCCAAGACGGCCGCAUCCGGGGCCGCACCCGGGAUGGCUGGAUCUCUCUGCAGAACUUGGACAGCGGCUUUCGGUGGGCCUGGCCCAGGAGCUUUCAGGAAGACGUCUUCGAAAGGCUCAGAGAGCUGAGAAAGCGCAGCUUUGAAGAUCCCGAGCUCGAGGCCGACCUGCUCUACCUGAAAGCCUUGCUGGGUCGCCUUUCUGUGGGCCUGCCGGCCCUGAAGAGCUUUCAAAGCAACAAAGCCUCCAAGACCUGGGCACUUUUUGGACGUGGCCUGGAGCAAUGGGACUCCGUGGCAGGUGACCACUCCUACGAGGUGCCCUUGACGAAAGUCUCCGAGCCCUUGCGCCGGGAGCUCUUUCGUGCACUCGGCAGCAAGGCCUACAUGCGAGACCUGGUGCAGAGCUACAUGGAGACGCAGGAGUUGGGGUCUCACGGUACCUACGGGGACUUCCUGGAGCGCUUCCGCAAGGUGAAGGAUGCCUUGCUGACAGACAUCGGGGGGGCCUCAGGCCUGUCAGGCCUCAGCGGCUUGUCAGGCGGCGGCAAGAAGGCGGAGGCGAGUGAGAGUCCCAAGCAGGGAUCCUGGACUCAAGAGGACAUCGCGCAAUGGCUCCAGGUCUUCACUGCGAUCACUUCCAGCACCCGUGUUUACCAGGCGGAUGUCUACUUUGGCCAUGCCACUUUUGGUCUCUGCCUCCGCCGGCUUAUCAGGCGAUUUGAGCUUGCGCUCAGCCUGCAGAAAGAUGCGACGCAAGAGGCCGAGGCUGCCGAGGCUGUGGCCAUGGCGGCGGCGCCGUCGGAAUUGGUCCUGGAGAACUUUCGGAACUUCGUGGAGAUGGUCUCGCGGCCUUCCAGCGAGGACGCCACGAUGGACGAGGUUCUGAAGCUGAGCAGCGCCGUGCUGUUGGCCAUCCGCCGGCAAACCGAGUCGCUCUUCGGAAAGGGUCUCAGGGAGGAGCUGCAAGUUCCCCUGGACAGGGCCUCCAGCUUGAUCAACGACGACGACGACCCAGCGCCCACGACGCCCCCCAUUGGGAAGAUGGCCUCCCUUUUGUUGGAAGCCGCCGAAGCCGGCGAGCUCCGCAUGCUGUCAGUGAGCAAGAUGGGGGCCAAAGAGCGGACAAUGUGGGAUGCCCUUUCCUUCGGUUACUUCCUGCAGACGUUGGUGGUCGACAAAGAAUCCUUCGAGAUCCUCCUUGGGUCCUUGCAGGAGCUCACGAGGCGUGGCAAGGACGGCACGGGCUCAGUGAAGAAGCCGGUCACGGUGGCGCCCAGUGCGGCGGCCAGCUUCGGGAAGAUCAAGUUCAAGGAUUUGAAGAAGCUUGGCUUGCUGGGGUGUGGUGGCUUUGGCGCAGUUGAGAUGGUGGAGCAUCUCAACACAGGAGAGACCUACGCACUAAAGGCUUUGAGCAAGGGAUAUGUGGUGAAAAGUGGAAUGCAAAGCAGUGUCAUCAGCGAGAAGAACGUUCAGCUCCUGUGCGAUUCUCCCUUCAUUGUGAAGCUUUACGAAACCUUUAACUAUGACCAGUCAUUGUACUUUUUGCUGGAGCUGGCAUUGGGCGGCGAGCUCUAUGCCACCUACAACAAGAAGAACUUCUGGGGAAAUGAGAAGUGCGGGAAGUUCUACGUGGCUGGCACUGUCUUCGCCUUCGAACACCUGCACAGCAAGAAGAUCAUCUUCCGAGACCUCAAGCCAGAGAACCUCCUGCUCAAUGACAAGGGCCACGUGAAGCUCACAGACAUGGGCCUCGCGAAGGUGGUGCCCGGGAAGACCUUCACAACUUGCGGCACUCCAGACUAUUUUGCCCCGGAGCUUAUCGCAUCCAAAGGCCACACCUUGGCGGUGGACUGGUGGACGCUCGGAAUAUUGACCUUUGAGCUUUGCUCGGGUCAUCCACCGUUCGAAUCGGCCACGCCAAUGCAAAUCUAUGCCAAGGCUGCUCCGGUACGCGCUUUGGAGAGUUUGAACGGGGGGAUGUCUGGCCGAGACCCGCUGCACAUGGUAGCCGCAAGUGUGUG